GUUCUGACGACGAGCAAUUUGAAGAGGAAAAGGAAGUCAUCAUGAAGGAGAUUGAAAGAUUAUCUCGCUUGCCAGAACUUGUGUCUUAGCUAGGAGGGGAGAUAUGACAUAUACAUAUCCAGAGCUACAUGGUUUGACCUAAAAUUUCUGCAGUCUGUGAGGAAAAAGAAGAAGGAGAGAGUGAAAUGGAGAUCCAACAUAUCUCUCACAAGCAUAAGCUGGUGUUCACUUCAGAUGAUGGUGGUGAGGGGCAUGGCAGCGUUUCUUGCUAUGGCUGUAGGAGACCAAUUGUUGGUGGUAGAUACAGGUGCUGCACCGAGUCCUGCAAUUUCUUCCUUGAUAAGACUUGUGCGGAGUUACCAGGUCAGAUUCUGGUUGUUUUUCACCGUCUACACUAUCUUACUCUCCGAUCUGAUGAGAGGAUCAAUCGUUUGCAUAUUAAGUGUAGCUUCUGCCAAGAAUUUAUCGAACACCCUUUUUAUUACGACUGCCAUAGUAACUGUCGCUUCAUCAUUCACAUCAAAUGUACUUUGUUGCUAAAAAGUCAUGAGCACAAUUUCAUUGUCCUGAUGAGGCCAGAAGAUUUCACAUGUGAUGCUUGUGGCAUCGCCUGCGAUCCUUAUUUCAUGGGGAGCCUUCGCCUUCUAUGCACGGUGUGCCAAAUUGUGAUCCAUGAGCAAUGCAAAUCUUUACAGCGAAUGAUCUCUAUACUGCAGCAUCAUCACGCUCUCACGCACACUUACAUCAUUCAGGAAAACGGAUAUUUUCAGCGAGCUGAAUGCACAAUUUGCCGUAAACAGGUGAACACAAGGUAUGGUAGUUACUAUUGUCGCGAUUGUUGCUUUGUGGUUCAUGUUAAUUGUGCAUUUAGAAAUAGGAUAGAAAAGUCAGUUGUGCAAGAAGCUGAAGGCUUCUCUGCAAUAUUGGACAAGGAAGAGGAGCGUGAUCAUGAUGAGCUCAACGAUGACAAAUUGCUCAGGUUAAGGGAGAUAGAGCAUUUUAGUCAUCGGCAUAAAUUAACCUUGUUCAAUGACAUUGAACAAGAGGAUAAGUAUUGUGAGGGGUGCAUCACACCUAUCUUCAGUAGUACUCCCUACUACAGGUGUGUGGACUGUGAUUUUAUUCUCCAUAAAAUCUGCACCCAAUUACCCAAACAAAUCAAACACCCCACUCAUAAGCACAUCCUGACUCUUGUUGCAAAUGCAAAUAUUUUCUGUCCUGGUAUUUUCUAUUGUUCUACUUGUCAUAAUCUCUGCCAGGGCUUCGCCUAUGUCUGUAAAACCUGCCCAUGGGGUACUUUCCAAUUCUGCGCUAGAUGCGCUUCCGUUCCACACAAACUAAAACAUCCUGGUCACGAGCACGAGCUCUCUCUUGUUCUUCAUACAAAAGAACAUUGUGUUGCCUGUGAUGAUGGUAGUAAACCUUCAUUCUUGUUCCAAUGUGAUGAGUGUUCCUUUGCCCUUGACUACAGAUGUGCCACACUUCCCCAGAAGGUUUUUUUCUAUGAUAAGCCACUUCCCCAAAUAGUUUGGCCUAAGGAUUAUGAUCAGCCUUCCAUCCUAACAUAUAAAUCCAUCGAUAAAGGUUACGAUGAGUAUUAUUGCGAUAUUUGUGAAACGGAGAGAGACCCACAUCACUGGUUUUACUACUGUGAGAACUAUGAUUGUUGCGGUCAUCCCAAAUGCACUCUUGGUAAGUAUCCAUACAUCAAACGAGGAUCCCAAUUCCAGUUGUGGUCUCUCCUUUUCUUUCUAAGGUCGUUGGAGGGCUACAGUUUCUGCGACGAUUGUAGUAGAUUUUGCUCAAUCAAUCAGCUACCACUUACAGUUGAGUCCGAUUUCCAUACUCAUACUCUAACCCUGGCUUAUAAACCUUCUUGUGAUCGAGAUUCGAAUCGCAAUUUCUGCGAUCUUUGUAAGAAAUUUCAUGCAGAGCACUUGCUUUACUACUGUGGGAAAUGUAAAUUUCAAGUUCAUCCCCAAUGUGUGUUCCAUCGAGAAGUGAUCUACAGUCAAGCUAAGAAUCUAAUUUUCUACGAGCGGAGCAUGGGGUACCUUCGAUGCCUUGUAUGUGGUGAAGACUGCAAAGGGUUAUCACUGAAAUGCCAAAUGUCUGAGUGCAAUUUUAGCAUUCAUUUUGACUGCAGACGCGGGCUUAGAGAUAUUAUACCAAAAGAUUUGCAACGACUUCCCCAGGCUCUUGGAUGAUAUCUAGUGUCAGUAGUAAUUACUAUAUAUGUGAGUGUUUCUGUUUGUAUAUGUAUUUCCUUACUAACUAAAUAAAGUUCAAUGCAAUCAACUUGUACUGUGUGAUCUUUGAUACAAAGCUAUCCUUUCCAGUUUUACAGCA